UUUAAUUACAUUUUUUCUCAUUUUGGUAAACGCAAUUACACGAGAAUUUCCAAAUUUCUAUUGGCCUCUAAAAUCUUAUUAAUAGGGUAAGUGUGUCAAAUUUCGGCAUAGUUGCAUGCAAGCGUUAAAGUCUCAAGUUUGAAAUGUGAUAUUUUAAAUACAAAUUGAUUUUUUAAAAUUCUUUCUUCUGAAAGAGUGUUGCUUGGAACCUUGUAAAGUGUUUACCGUCUUUAUUUACUCUAAAAUCAUUCUUAAUACAUUUUAAAAUGAAUAAAAAUAUAGACAUAGCUUUGGUGCCCUAUUUCGGCCACCUUCAUUCUCAUAGUUCCUUGCCCUUCGGGAAUUCUUCCAAUAUCUUUUUCACGUCAUCUUGUUUGUCGAAGCUAGAUUUUUUGUUUUUCUUUUGCGUUGUAUAAUCUCUAGAGUACGUAACAUCUAAAAGUUAAUGGAAAUUCGAGGAACAAAAAAGAUGGCCGAAAUUGCAAGCUGGUCGGAAUUUGCCACACUUACCCUAAAUACCCACGUUUCUCGAUAUUUCUAAAAUUAAACUCCAUUGAAUAUCAAAAAUAACCAUCCCAUCCUUAACAAACAUAUCUGCGGAAAAUCCAAUUAAAUUAACAGCAAGGUGCGUAUCAACCUAUUGAAUUCAAUUUUUCGAUUGCUAUAAAUAGCCACUUGAAGAAAUAGCCUCAUUAUCUGUAUCUCCUGAAAUAGGACACUGAAGAUGGACAAAUUCAGAAGGGAUCUUCCCCGCGCAGUGUCUUCGAGGGCAAUUUUUCAUUGAUUAUUGAGAUCUCCGUGCAAAUAGGAAUAGCACGGAAUGCCACAAUAAACCCUUAUCAGUCAGUGAUAAGUAUCUUCUAAAUAGAGGGAAAUGCACCAAGAAAUGAGCAAUAAAAAAUUGCUGAUAAUACCAAUUGUGCAUGUCGCAAUUAUCACAAUUGGCAUUUGGUUAAUGAAAUAGGGGAGAUUAAUGCACCUUUGAGGCUCUAUGAGUGUGCAGCUUUAUGAUACCCAAUCCCCACUCCUGGCCACUGGCUCUAGGCGAGGGAACACUCUGAGCUCCCACUCUCUAGCUAGAGCCAAGUGAGUCUGUUGGAGUUUCUCAGGUUCUCAGUGUAUCUGUGUCCCUCGUCAAGUUUUCUCAGGCGCAAUUUUCCAAACACCCAACAACAUUCCCAAUUUCCAGUCCAGGAAUUUCCCGCGGGGAUAUCGCAAUUGUGACAAAAAAAUCCAUGAGGAUUCACCGAAAUUCCUGGGAAUAAUUUCCAACUGCGAAAAGUGAAUUAUGUUCAACUCCAUUAUAAGAGUCUCAUGACGACCCAACCUUGGAAAACAGUGACGAAUUAUUGACUCUUUUUGCUAAUAAUUCCACCACUAGUGCUUUUGUGCUUCACAAAAAUCCACAAGCGGAAAGAGAAGUGUUUAAAGUGAUUUUAAAAAAUACAUUCUAAAUAUUCUUCUUCAGUGAAAAAAAAAAACCGCUUCAAAGGAGCCUCCUUGAGAUAAAAAAAAAAGUUCAGAAGUUGUCUGUGAUUCUUUAUCAGUGAUAUGGCCAGUAAGUGUUCCCGUGCUAUCUCAAAGUGCAGGCACUGAGUGCAGGGAGAGUUUAUCGCGAAAGUGGAGCAAAAUGCGAAUAAGAUGCUUGUGACAGAGGCCCCAAUGCCACCAAAUAUCCCUCAGGACCCCCAAAAGGGGAUCCUGACUACUGACGAUGCUUCGAGCACCAAAAGUAACAACAUCUCCAUUGAAUCCCUGCCAGAAGACGAUGAUGCAUCGAGCAUCAUGUCGGACAGCAGUGAUGAGUACCGAGAAAGUGCGGAAAAACCCGAAUUGGGCAAUCGGGCGCGAUCGUACGCCAUUGGUGCCAUGAAUCAAGUGAACAGGAUCGGAACCAAUGGGGUUCUAGUCAUAGAUGAUCAACAACAGGUACAAAACAGCCCAGACAGACCUCCAAAAAUUGAGACAGUUGCCGUGUCAAAUUCCUCAGACAUCACCUUUGGAAACAAAACCUUCAUCAAUGGACCUGUGACCAUCAAGCAGUUCAUCAAAGAAAGUCAACCACAAACACCAAAUGGACGAGAUAAUCCUGGAUACGACGGUAGCAACCGAUCACUUAACGUGGAUUCUUCAACUCAGUCCACAUACAAGGAGAAGCUGUUUGCGUACAAAACAUGGAUCCUUGUGGGGAUAACAUUUUUAUUUGCCCUCGUGGGAAUAAUCUGUCUGACAGUGUUCCUGACAGCAGCCGAAGAGGUUCCAAAACAAGGUGAUGGAGAUGAUUCUAGGAAGAAUAUCCCGAUAGAAUCCACAAUAGGGGAUGACUUACUCUCUGCAGCCAACACAACUCUGAGGCUUGUAUCGAGAAGCGAAUGGAUCGCCCAGCCACCAAAUGAUGAGCUAGUCGAUCUAAUUCUGCCUGCCCAUCGGGUAGUAAUUGCCCAUACAGCUACUGAAGACUGUGACACACAGGCCAGCUGCGUCUAUCGAGUUCGCUUCAUCCAGACCUUCCACAUGGAAUCUCGCGGCUGGGAUGACAUUGGCUACAACUUCCUGGUUGGUGGCGAUGGAUCAGCUUACGAGGGACGCGGAUGGGAUAAAGUGGGAGCUCAUACGAAGGGCUUCAACGUGGACAGCAUCUGCAUCGCCUUCAUUGGCACCUUCACGAAGAAUACGCCCCCGGAACGACAACUUCUGGCCGCCCAGAAGGUAAUCCAGUGGGGCGUGGAUUUGGGGAAACUCAGCAAGGACUAUCGGCUAUUUGGCCAUCGUCAGCUCAUCCCCACCGAGAGUCCAGGAGCUGCCCUCUAUGCCAUCAUCAAGAAAUGGCCACACUGGUCCAAGGAUCCCUCAUAAGCGACUGACCACUUAAAAGCAUUUUACUUUUUUGUACAUAAUAACCUAUGAAUAAGAGUCUCUCUGUCUCUCCCCGUCAA